AGUAAUCCUGAAACGUUAAAUCAGUUUUCUAUUUUUGUUAAUGAAUCUAUUUUUGUAUGGUUAAAAAUGGAUCACAAAUAUCGUAGUGUUCUCAAGGAUGUGAAUAGUCAGCAAAACAUGAAUACCCCACAUAUAAAUGUUUUUGGAAUAAAAGCUGAAGGUCAACGACAAACACAGAAUUUGCAAGAUGGUUACGAAUCCAGCUCGUCAGAAGAUUAUCGAAGUGCUGAAGAAGAUGAUGUUGAGUUCAAUUCUAAACUGGAUUCCAUAAUAAAUGGUUUUAGUAAAGUGCAUAUAUUAACUCCAAAAGCGAAAAAAUUGAAAACUCAAUUGCAUAAAACUUUUAAUAUAACUAAAACUAUUGAUCCAAACUUAUCACAACAAUUGGCUCAUGAAUGCACAAUUGCUAAUCAUAUUUGGUCAGAUCAGAACAACCCAAAGAAAAGUGAAUUUGAGGAUGCUGAUGAAUCAUAUGCAUCUUUAUUAAAUGAUUCCAGCAAUGAAGCAUUCACAAACAUAGCCACGGAUGGUAUUGAUACGAUUAAGGAAAAUGUAAUACAAACAAAAGUUAAAUCUGCAGGUCAGAUCAAGAAAGCAUAUAAUUUAAAUGAGACAUGGGAUGAAGAUAUUAAUAAAGAAAAUGAAAAUCCAGUCUUGGAUGAUUUAGCAAAAAAUAAUUUGACUCUGAAUAUUGAAUAUUCAAACAGUGAUUUAGCAGCUAAAUCAGUGGAUACAUCAGAAAAUGCUAUAAAUUCGACAACUGAAAAAACAUUGAAAUGCUUUGAUGUUGAUGAAGAAAUUAAGAUUGAUCAAUUGAGCACAACUUUUAACACUCAAAGUGAAUUAAACAAUGAAGCAUUUACAGAAUCGAAAGUGAUUGAUCAUGAAAUAAAUAUUUCUUCUAGGAACAUUGCAGAUUCAGACAAGAAAUGUGUAAGUAAUUUAAAUACUGAGAAUUCUCUAAACAAAACCUUUGAAGGUAGUAUUAUUCAGGAGAAUAUAGCAAUUAAUCUUCAAUCUGAAUUAAGUAAUAAUAAAAUUGAGUCAAUCAAACUUAUUGAAACAGAUAUAACUGACAAAAAUGAACAUACAAUUAAUUCAGAUUUAAAUAGAACUUGGGAUGGCUCUAAUAUAGAAAGUGAUUCCAAAAUCUUCACAAAUCCUUUGCCUGUGAACACACAUAUCACUGACAAUUUAAACAAUUCUACUUUAAGUAAAUAUCCUGAAGAAAGUACAAUGAUGCAACAGGGUAUUAGCUGUUCAAUACUAGAUUCUUUAGAUCAUAAAAUGGGCAAUAUUGAUGAAAAUAUACCUGAAAAUACAUGUAAUAUUGAAAACACAAUCCAUGAUACUUUUAAUAUAAAUGAAGAAAAUAAAAAUGUAAUCGACAUGCACAAUAAAGAUCAAAAUAUAUUAUUGCAUGAGCCUGAGGCUUCAGAUAAAACUUUUUGUGAUACUGUUGAAGCUGCUAGUGUAAGUAAGAUUAGUUCUGAUAUUGUAUCUAAAGUAAUAGAAAAUCAAAUUGAUACUAUUACUACUAAUAAAACACAUGAUGAAACUUUUAAAACCACCAAUGAAUUGCUAUCAAAUGAUGUAAUGGAUGGCGAAAAUAAAAAUACAAAUAAUAUAUCUGAACAAACAGAACAAAAUUCACAAACAAUUGAAAACAAAUUAACACUGAAUGUUCUAGUAGAGUCUGCUAAUUCUGAAUGUGCAAUUUCUAAUAAUUCUGAUAUGAACAAAGAUUUCAUACAAAAUAAUCCUAAUUAUGAUAAUUUAAGUAUUGAAUUUUUACAAACAGAACAAGCUUCAUUGGACAAUAUUAUUAAACAAGAAUUGACCAGUGUGGUAGAAAGCAGCCAAAUAUCUUGCGAUACUUUGAUUGAAAACUCUAAUGAAAAGAAUAAAGAAAUACUUAAGGCAACUGAUCAAUUAAUAAUAAAUUCUCCUUUGCCUCGUGAUGAAAAUGAAAUUUAUAAUAUGGAAACUGGAUCAAACUUGAAUGAUACAGUUACAAUUGAAAAUCUCCAAACACCACAAGAAGGAAUUAUUAAUUUGAAUGAAACUGUCACUAUAAAUGAUGAUACAGAAGUCAAGACAGUUGAUUCUGAAGAAUUUGAUUUAAAUGAAACACAGGUAUUAAAGAAGGAUGUAAAUGUUGAUAAAAAUAUUACCAUUAUGAUAAACGAUACAAUAAAUGAAAAUAUUUCUGAUAAAGCUCCAAUAAGAAGUAUUCUAGAUACAACACCUGAAAAUUAUGCUGACCUACAAUUCAAUAUGUCUAAAGAUACUUUAAAACUAUUUGAAGAUAUUGGAGAAAAUAAUGGAUCAAAAAUGGAUUGUGAUGAUAGUUUUCUCAUGCAAUUAAGAAGUCUACAAAAUAAACCAAUGACUGCCAUUCAGAAAGAACAAGAAAGCAAGUGUGAUAAUAUAUUAGUUAAGAUUGAUGAAUCAGUUACAGAUGAUUCUAUUAAUAUGGGAAACACCUCUGCUAUAAUUGGAAGCCCUAACACUUUUUGUAAAAAUGAAUUUUUUGAAUCAACUACAAUUAGCAACAAUUCAGAAGAAACCAUAGCCCCAAUAAAAGAAGCGAAUAAAUCACCUAAAGCAAGCACUACAAGCAUAUUCAAAUGGAUUGGAAACUUACUUAGUCCUGGCAAAGGCAUAACUCAAGAUGUUCCGCCUGCAGUUGAAGAUAAUGUAUCUGUUUCCUCGGAUAAUAAAAAUAAUACAGUAACACAGAAGUCCUUCAUAAAUGAUUCUAAAACAGAUGGAGAAUUUGCAUGUCUUUCUGAUGAAACACCUAUAGCUGAGUUUAUGAGUGUGUCAACAACUUCUGAACCAUUUAAUGAGUCCCGUGGAGGAAAUGAUGAAAAUAGUGAAUUAUUAGCAGAGCUUGAGCAACUAAGAAAUCUAGCAAAAGAAAAUGAGAAAAAAAUAGAAUCAAUUAAACAAGAAAUAAAUGAUCAACAAAAAACUGCUACCGAUUUAGAAGAGAAUACGAAAAAGCUGGAAAAGGAAUUAGAAAUCUUGUCUGAAAAUGAGAAGAUUUCAGAACAGGCUAUUACUGGUUUUGAAAAACGUAUUACAGAAAUGAGAGUAGAAAAUGAACAACUUUUGCUUAAUAGUAAAGAACAAUUAGAACAGAUUAAAGUGGAACGUGACUCUUCUCAAACCAAUUUAUCAACUAUUGAAAAUGCCUUUUCCACACUUCAUAAAAAAUAUGAGCAAUGCAAGAAAGCAAUUGAAACUAUGAAAUCAAAUCAAACUGUACUACAAAAUUUGAAUUCACAAUUAAGGGAGAUUGCAAGGGAACAAGAUUUAAAUUUGUCAGCACUGCAGGAACAUGCGACUAAACAAAUUGAAACUGCUAAAGCAGAUUAUGAAAAUACGGAACACCAGCACAAAGUUGAAAUGAUACGAUGGACUGCUCUAAUAAAGAAAGCCGAACUACAAAAAACUUCUCUAGAAGAAGCAGUGGAAAAGAAAAAGCAGGAAAAUGCAGAAUUGUUGCAGUUAUGUGAUGUAUUGAUUCAAAAAGUAGGCUGA